AAUCAUAUACAUACGGCGUGGUUAUUAUUGAUUAAGACGCACGUGCCAAAUAAAACUUGGCAUCGAAACUAUUACAUUAUGUUAUAUAUUCCAAGUGAAAUUAAACUAGAGUAAAGCCACACUUCCUUUUAUAAAUAUUCCUCCCACAUCCUCUCCUGAUUGAUAACAUUCUAAAAUGGAUUAAAAUAGCCACAUUUCCUAGCCAUCUCUCUCUCUCCCGUCAACCACAAACAAAAUCAUUUCGAUCUUCCAUGUCUCCAGUAGCCGUUUUCCUGUUGUCACUUUUUAUACUUCCACUACAAAACGAGUGUAGUGCCGAUACCCAAGAGGUACCCGAUGUUCCCCUGAAUGAUGUGGAGAGGAAAGCACUCCUCGACUUUAUGAAAAUUCGUCACUCUACUGGCUUCACCUGGAACGAGUCCGAACCCGCUUGCUCUUGGAAAGGCGUUUAUUGCUUCUCCAACAACAACUUCACCACCGUCACCCACCUCCAGUUACCUGCCAAGAGUUUUGUCGGACAAAUACCACCAGACACCAUUGGAAAGUUAACUAGCCUUCGUGUCCUAUCCCUCCGCUAUAACGGCUUCUAUGGCGAACUUCCUUCUGAUUUCUCCAACCUCGUAUCCCUUACCCGCCUUUCCUUACAUUACAACCGCUUUAACGGCACCAUCCCUUCUUAUUUCUUCAACUUUACCCAACUUUUCCGCCUUUCUUUAAAUAACAACAACUUUUCUGGACAGCUUCCCCACAUGAAUGCUAAGAAUUUAUAUAUUUUUGAUGUUUCGUUUAACAGUUUGAACAGUUCGAUUCCACGUUCGCUUUCUAACUUCAACAUAUCUGCUUUCUCCCGAAACAUUUUCCUUUGCGGUCCUCCUACCAAUACUAAAUGCUCACCAUCGUAUCAAUCUACGGAUCCUGGAGACGAAGAUAAAAAGGAGAACAAGACCCCUAUAAUCGUCGGUAUAUCCCUAGGAUCAUCACUAGUGUUGCUAGUUCUACUUUGCGGUGUACGGAAGAAGAUAUAUCAGCAACCCAAACAACAUCUACUGAGAGAUGAGAGGAUGGAGGAGAACAAGUUAGUGUUGUUUGAUAACGGGGUUUACAGUUUUGAUUUGGAGGAUUUGUUGAAAGCGUCCGCGGUGUUUUUGGGCGAGGGGAGUGUUGGGAAGUCGUACAAACAGGUGAUCCAAGACAACACGACGGUGGUUGUGAAAAGAUUGAAAGAUGUUGUGGUGACAGAGAACGAAUUCAAGAGAACAAUGGAGGGUUUGGGGAGUAUAAAGAACAAGAAUAUUUUUGUUCCAUUGAUAGGUUAUUAUUAUUCAAGAGAUGAGAGAUUGGUAAUUUAUGAUUACAUUCCAGCUCGUAGCUUGUCUGCUCUUCUUCAUGGAGGUAUAGGUUCGCAACGAACACAACUCGAUUGGGACCAUCGUAUGAGAAUCGUACUAAGUGUUGCUAAGGGACUGAAAAAUUUACAUAUGGCCACAAAAGUUGUUCAUGGCAACAUCAAAUCAUCAAACAUUCUCAUCCAACAUGAAACUAACAAUGAUGCUUGCUUGUCUGACUAUGGUCUCAACACACUUUUUGGCGAGUCAAUCUUCGAUAACCACCAUGUUACAGGUUAUUGGGCCCCUGAGAUUCCCAAGUCCCAGAAAGUCACAUUCGAAUCUGAUGUGUAUAGCUUUGGGGUUUUGUUAGUGGAGCUUUUAACGGGCAAAAAUCCGAAGCAAGCCUCAUUGAGGAAGGAAAGGGUCCACUUUUCUAAGUUGGUCGAGUCAGUUGUAUGUGAGGAAUCGAAGGUUGAGAUGUUUGAUGUGGAAUUAAGGAUGAGUUAUAAUAUUGAGGAGAUGAUGCAAUUGUUGCAUAUAGCAAAGCAAUGCCUAUUGAUUGUACCUGAUCAACGACCAACAAUGCAGGAUGUGUUGAGCAAGGUGGAGGAUAUGGGGUUUAGACAUACGCCCAAUGAUCAUUCAAAGGAAUAUGAUUAUACGCCUUCAACGGAGACCCACGAUACACCGAGUACCAUCACCCCGUAAAUCCAUAUAUAUGAUGUAGUGUCUCUGAUUUCGUACUUUGAUGGAUUUAUGUUACGAAAAUUGUGUGUGCUUUUAUAGGUUGGAUCAAAUUUCUAUAUAUUGUGAAUUUGUGUUUGUGAGGCUACUUGCCUGCAUUUGCGAUGGUUUAUAAAACAUACCAAUUCGAUGAAUAAAUUAAGGAGUUUUACA